CCUGGAGUUCGUGUCCAGUCGCAGAUAAGCCAUCUGGAUUUCCGGUCGCGUUCCAAUUCCACGCACGCGAAUUUCUUGCGAAAGUGAAACUAAUUUCUCUUCUCUUCUUUUCGUUUUUCUUUUUGGUGAUCUUAGGCGAACUGAGAUUGGCUAAACCUCUGAACGAGAUCCAGGCGAUAUCGCAUUCGAACGUCCCGAUCAUCCUGACCGUCGUCGCCGAAGAGGUGAGAUCCUCACCGACCGAACCGGCCGCCCAAUCCACCACAGUCCGUCUGGCUUUGAUCGCUCCGCAGCCGACGGCGUCGAAUCCCCGGUUCUCUUCGACCAAUUUCACCGUCGAUCUGGAGGAGAAUUCACCGCCCGGCACCAUCCUGACCAUCCCCAAAGCCGAGUUCAUAGCUCAGCCGGGCGUGCUGUUCAGUCUGACUCUGCUGAACAACAAUGGGACCUUCGCCGUUUCCCCGAACGUCAUCGAAGGCCGCUCCAAGUUUAUGGUCAAGGUCAGCGACAAUUCUCUGUUGGACUUCGAGCGGAGGAGAUCCGUCGUUUGCGAGAUACUCGCCAAAGAGUUGACGGAGGGAAACCACACGGCCUCGGCGACUUUAACAGUCAGAUUAACGGAUACCAACGAUAACGCCCCGAAGUUCCCGAGGAGCGAAUUCGCCGCUGAUAUCCCGGAAAACACACAACCCGGAAGCAGCGUGCUGAAGGUGACGGCGAGCGACGUCGACGGUAACGACAUCCGCUUCAGACUAUUGGGAACCGGAAGCGAUCACUUCAACAUAAACCCGACGACCGGCGUGAUAACUGUUACGCAACCCUUGGAUUCGGAGAGCAUAGCCGCAUACGCUUUCCAAGUUCAAGCCGAAGAUAAUUCAGGUAAUAAAGCCAAUGCGACUGUGGCCAUCAACGUUUUGGACGUGAACGAUCAAUCUCCGAUUUUCGAGAAACCCUUCUACGAGUUCAUCCUGAAUCAGGAUCGAAGGAGCUUCACGUUUCCGGCGUUCGUGAAGGCCCUCGACAAAGACGUGAGCGCGCCCAACAAUGACGUCAAGUACGAAAUCAUCGGUGUCCACGAGAAUUUAACGCUGGAUGAGGUCAACGGCGAGCUGAGGGUCCAAGGCGUUUGGAACGGAAAAGAAGUGGGCGUCUUCAAGAUACGCGCUUACGAUGGUGGUGUUCCCACGCUUUGGAACGAAUGCGAGAUCCGCAUCUAUCCGCCCGAUGGAAACAGGAAGAUGGUUUUCAUCGUUUCCGGAAGGAACAGGAAUAAAGCGGACGUCGAGCAGUACUUGAGCGGCAUCGUCGGAGCGGACGUCAAAGUUGAUUCCAUCAGGGAUUACGAUGGGUACAAUCAGCAAGGAGUACUCGAUGUCAGCGAAAGUGGAGGCGAAAGGAGCAUCGUUGAGACGACUGUCAACUUUGCGAGCAAUUCUGUGGUGGAUUUGGAGCACAUCCGACGAAUUUUGGACACCAAAGAGACGAAGGAUAGGGAGAGCAAGGAGGUAGUUGUCAAAGCUGGUAACCCAAAUCUGUGGUGGCUUCUGUUAACGUUGCUGCUGUUGCUCAUCUUGAUUGCACUGAUUCUGAUCCUGUGCUGCAUUAUCGAGGGUUGUCCUCUGUACGUAGCCCCAAAGAGGAGGCGAAAAGUGACGCCGGAUGUGGAGAAGUUGGUGAUCAAGGAUCAAGAGAACAAGUCGGUUCAAGUUGCCGAAUGGUACGGACGUAGAGAGGCAUGGACACCUGAGCAUAAUCUCAUAGAAGUUGAGGUUGAUUCGAUCAAGAGGCACGAGUUGGAGCGAGGUUCCGAGCGCGGUGAGGUUCGAAAGAUGUCUUACAAGAACCAGGAGGUCGGAAGGGAUCAAUUGUAUAUACGCGAAGGCAACGCUGAUAUCUUGAGGCUGAUCACUAGAGGUGGAGAUCAACAGCAGCAGCAGCAGCAGCGUCCGGUCACGUUAAUACCGGAAGCUUACGUGAUCGACAGCGGAAAGGAUAUUUUGAUGAAGAGGUUUAUCGAUCAGCAGCAAACCGAGGCCAGAGCAUCGGCGUACCAGCAAAACACGUUGAAUCGAAUUCAGAGCGAGCACGAGCUUUUAGAAGCCAGCCUUCGUCAGCAAAACGCUCUUCUCAGACAAAUCCUAUCGGAAAGGGAAAAGGAUUUGCGUUUGGAAACGCAAUCGCUUCCUGCCGGAACGCAGACCGAUCAGAAUGUGAGCACGCAAACGGAACCGCUCUAUCUGAGACCACCCAGGAGGCAAACGCGCUCCGACAACGAUGCCAGCGACGGAAGCGAGGAAGAGGAAAAGUACCAAAAGUCCAGGCGUCGGAAGAAGUUGAAUGUUAAACGGAAGAUACGCACUCCCAUUCAGGAGGAAUCGGAGACGGAGCAGAUCGUUGCCCAAACGAAGACCAGUUUAAUGAGACAGCAGCUCAAGUCGAACUCGUCGAGUCGCACGAAAUCCUCGAGGUCGCUGCGCAAAGAGGUGUUGCAGGAGAUUUCCGAUUCUUUGGAACCGUACACGGACAGCGUGGAGGAGGAGACGCCGCGCAGAAACUCCGAGACUGGUUUGCAGCGGAAGGAGAUCGCGUCUCAGCUGAAAUCUUCGAGCAGCCACAACGACCUCACGUCCAAGCAGAAGCAAUCGAAGAGAGGUUCCUCCAGGUACAUGGAAUGGUACAGCAAGAAGCCGAGGAGGGCGAAGGUGGAGGGCGGAAGCCUGGAGACUUCCGCGACGAAGGUUUCGAAGCGACAGCUAUCGGCAACGCAACCUGCUCAGAGGAACGUCGAGUUGCCUAUAGGAAAUGGCCCUGAGCAUCCCUUAAUCCAGCACUCGAAGAACAGAUUCGAAGUGGUGGGUCUGCCCAACGAAGACGGUGACUCCGGAAUCGCUCUAACGAGACCGACGAUGGCGCAGAAGAAGAGCGUCUUCACCAUAGCCUACGACGAUAUGCAAACCAGACAACUGCCCGAGAGCGUUUCUACGACUCCCUGA